AUGCUUCCAUGGCUUGCUCACGGGCACUUCUCUCCAUUUUUAGAGCUGGCGAAAAGGCUUGGAAAGAGGGGCCAUGCAGUUAUCUAUCUAUGUUCAACAAAGGUCAUCCUCAACUCUUUUGAGAAAGGAUUAAUAGAAAAUGAAUAUCCCUUCCUCCAUUUCAUAGAAAUUAAACUCCCAUAUCCCCCUGAGCUUCCUCCGCACCACCAUACAACAAACGAACUCCCUCUCCACCUCAACUACACUUUGAUGAAAGCCUUUGACAAUGCAAAUUCCGCAUUUUGUACCAUACUCAAACAAAUCAAGCCAGAUCUAGUUAUCUAUGAUCUUCAUACGCCUUGGGCUCCUGAAGUUGCCGCUUCUCUCUCCAUUCCUGCUAUUAUGUUCCAUACCAGUAGUGUUUCCGCCCUUUGUUAUGGCUUCCACAUGAUGAAACUAAAAGAGGUUAAAUUCCCAUACCCUGAAAUUGAACCUCAAGGCUCAUAUUGGAUGAAGAGAAUUCAGGAGAUGGAGUUUGAAGAAAAUAAAUUUGAAGAAAGGGUGUCCAUCGAGUUCUCAUUCUUAAAAUCUUCUGAAAUAAUCUUGGAAAAGACAUUCAAAGAGGAUAUUGACCAAGGUUACAUCGACUAUGCCUCAUCCCUUGUCGGGAAUAGAGUGAUUUCCAUUGGUCCACUCUUUACAGCUCCUCCAAAAUACGAUGUAACAAGUGACUACGCCGGCAAACAGGUAAUAGAAUGGUUGGAUAAGAAAGAGAAAGGUUCGACAGUUCUAGUGUCGUUCGGGUCCGAGUGCUACCUAUCAAGAGAAGAGAGAGAAGAGAUGGCUUAUGGAUUGGAGCAAAGCAUGGUAAACUUCAUAUGGGUUCUUCGGUUUCCAAUGGAAGAGAACAUUAUUAGUAUUGAGAAAUCAAUCCCAGAAGGUUUUCUUAAACGAGUUGGAGAAAGAGGACUAGUAAUUGAAAAAUGGGUUCCACAAACAAGAAUCUUGGCCCAUGAAAAUACUGGAGGGUUUAUAAGCCAUUGUGGAUGGGGAUCCAUAACAGAGGCAAUUGGAUUUGGGGUACCAGUCAUUGCUAUGCCUAUGCAGUACGACCAACCGAUUAAUGCUAGGGUUGUUGUGAAUGCAGGCGUUGGCGUUGAGGUUAUUAGAAAUGGCGAUGAAGGUUUCAAUAGGGUGGAGAUAGCGAGAGUUAUUAGAGAAGUUUUAUUGAAAGAUGAAGGCAAGGAGAUAAGAAAGAAAGCUAAAGAGAUGAAAGAGAAAAUAAUAAUGCAAGGUGAUGAUCAAGAGAUUGAUGGAGUGGUGAAAGAAUUCAUUAGGAUUUGCAGGAAACAAAACUAUUAA